CCCGGCCACGGCACAAGUCCAAGUGCAGCCUCGCCAACCUCGCCCAAAACACUCGGUCUCGAUGACCAUGCACCAUCAGCAUGGCACCGGCAACAGUCAGAAGGGCUCCGUAUAAGGACUUUCUGCAGCCUGCGCUGCACAGGCGAUUUUCUUCUACCGCAACUAUCCUGCUUGCCAUUUCUUAUUUGCAAGCCAUCCUACUCUCGGGCUGGAGCUCUUGUGAGUGGUGGACGUUCACGAUGCAAGUUCGCGAAGCUUCCCGCUAACUUGUGUCUCGUAGACUUUUGGUCUUGGUUUCCGAUUGGCCCCGCGGGGUUCCGAACAUUGUUCCUCUUCACUUGCGGUCUCUCGAUCUUGAUCCUGCGCAUCGCCCAGUACCACGUCGGCACCCGCGCCUCCAACUCGACCUUCCACGCGUUCGCAAAAUUCUUCUUUAGCAUCCACACCCUCGAGGCUUUCCUCUUCUACGGCUUCUCGAGCGCGCUGUUCAGUCAUGUUUACUUGUGGGCUCUGCCGGAGAGCGCCAACUUGGGAUGGGUCACAUACUACAGUGGGGACCGUGCCAGGGUGAACGAGAGAACGUUGAUCUUCUUCUGCUACAUGGCCGUCAGCGCCGCUGUUCAGUCGAUUUUCCACUUCUAUCAGGACCAAGACAAGCUCAUCAUCGGUGUUGCGCGGUCAGAGGGAGGCGAAGUCAAGGUUUCCGGGGAUGCAUCGCUGAAUAAGGUCCUUGGCGAAGUCCCCGCGAUCCUCAUCCAGUCUAGUGUCAGAAGUAUAAGUGUCACUCUUGUCACUGGAGUGGUCUACUUCAUGGCAUUGAGGUCAUUCUUUUGGGGUUGGGCGUUGUUCUUCUUGCGGCCCUUUUACAAUCUUCCCAAAACCAACAUGCUACCUCCCCAGUGGCCUGGAGACAUCUACUUGAUGUACCGAUGCGCCGUUGCGGGCUUCUUGAUCACCGCCAUCUGGAAGAUGGCCAACCAUGCGUUCUCGACGUUCAUGGUCAAGGCGCCGCUCAAGAAUGGCAAGCCCCUCACGAGCGAAUCCAAGGAUCCAAAUGGCAGUCUUCUCAAUGGUCUUAAGAGCAAGAAGGACUCCGUUCGGUGCUUCGCUCUCUGGGAACUGGCAUACAUUUCUCGCAGUGACGACGGGAGGCGCAAGGCCGUCUUCGAAGAUAUCGACCGGAAAGAUGGCUCUACAUGGUCUCAAAUAUUUGUUUACUGCCUCACUACCAUCAAGAACAUUGAACAAAGAAUCGAUCAAUACGGGAAGCCCGCGGUUGUACCGGCUGCCCUAGCGGCACCUGCCGAGGUUCGAGCUCGGUCCUCCGCGCCGCUGAAGGAAGAUCCGAUCUUUACCAGCAAACCUGCGAACAAGACGGUGCGCGGCGAACUGGAAAAGGCCCUCACCCAGGUGGGAAGCCACCCCGGCCAUUCACCAGUGUCGCAGCUGAGCCCUAUCGCAAAGAAGACACUGAGGGGUGCGCGUGACAAGGUUCUGAGCAAGGAACAGCAAGAGGCACUGUCGUCUCCUCAACUGAUGAACCAAUUCCAGACGUGGGCUCUGAAGGUGAUUAGUAACGAGUACAUGGGCUGGAUCUUCCGCCAAGAGUUCCGCAACCGCCUCACUGCCGUCAUCCUCGGAACCCCAUACUCGGAGCUGAGCCAGUACGUUAACGCCGUUGACGUGCUUAGCUUGUUGGCCGUCCACAGUCUCACCGAGGACAAGUACGGCAGGAUCCACAAGGAUGUUCCCACUAUCAUCCGUACUUUUACAACAGUCAUCGGCAAGAUCGAGGCAUUCGUGGACAAUUUCCCCGUUCACUGGACUGAUGUCGAAAAGAAGAGGGUUGCACCAGAGGUCGAAGCGGUGAUUGCGGCCUUGAAGACGGGCUUGGCCCAUGUGAUUGCAGAGUUUGAACUUUACAGUAGCGACUUGAGGUUGACUCGCACGGAUAUCAGAUUGGCCAAGGAGGCCGCAGCUCAACAGGCACCUACGAGUGAAGUCUGGCCCCAGGCACCCGAGAUGCAGCAGGCCCGCUAG